AAGGGCGAAGGCGAACAAGUGAGCUGUGACCCCAUCCCAAAGCAUUGAGCUAAAAGGUAAGCGUUACAAAAAUGAAAAAAAAAACAGAUGGUAAAGAGUAAAGAGAAAAAUAAUAAAGUAUGCAAAAGCAGAUGAAAGCUGGCAAUUUAUCCCUCUUUCCCUCCCUUCUUUUUAAACAUACCUCAGAAUAUCCAAAACCCAACACACACUCCUGCAAAAACUGAUCAACUCUGUGGGUUCAACAGAAUCAAUAUGAAAAAAAGAGAAACCAAAGGAGUUCAAUCAGCUGAUUUUUUAGUUUGUUUUCCUUCUAGAUCACAUCUAGCCUUACUUCCUAAGCCCAUUUGUAGUCCUGCACGACCCGCAGAGUCCAGCAACCGGCAACACAACCACCCCCACCACCGCCAUAACCACCACCAGGUCCACCACCCGCUCAAGAAAUCUAGCACCAGAGGUAGUCCUGCCUUAUGGGCCAAGAACAAGCAAAUGGGCGCGGAGAUUUCAGAACCAACUUCGCCCAAGGUUACAUGUGCAGGUCAGAUCAAAGUGAGACACAAAGCUGCUGCAUGCAAAAGCUGGCAAUCUGUAAUGGAAGAAAUUGAAAGAAUUCACAGUCACAGGAAACUCAAGAAGAAGAAAUCUAGUGCCUGGGUUGAUUCUUUUGGGUUCAAGAAAGAUGUAAUGCAAUUCUUGACCUGUUUAAGGAAUAUAAAAUUCGAUUUUCGAUGCUUCGGUAACAUUCCUCAUUCUGAUAUCAUCAGUUCUGACGAUGAAGAGGAAGAUGAAGAGCAUGAUAUUGAAGAAGAAGCAGAAGAAUGUCAAGAAAAUGAGGAGGAUUCAAGAACCGUAUUCUCUAAAUGGUUCAUGGUGUUUCAAGAGAAUCAAAAUAACGAGUUUUACAAAGAAAACAAAAAAGAUAAUCAGGAUGAGGAUCCGUCUGUUGCUGUUCCUCCUCCAAAUGCACUUCUGCUUAUGCGGUGUCGUUCUGCCCCUGCAAAGAGCUGGCUAGAGGAGAAACAAGAAGAAGAAGACGAUCAAGACCAAGAAGAAGAAGAAGAGGGGGAGGAGAAUAUAAAAAGAGAAGAAAAGAAAGGAAAGAAUUUAAAAGCUUUAAUGGAAGAAGAAAAAACAAGUAUAGAAAAAGAAAACAGCUUGGUAGUGAUGAGAUACGACACUGAUUUCUACAGAAUUUCAACUGAUAUAGCAAAAGAAACAUGGGUUGUUGGUGGAAUCAAGGAUCCAUUAUCAAGAAGUCGAAGCUGGAAGAGAUGAUCCAUCAUCGUCAUCAUCAUUUCAGGGAAUAAUUCAAACUUUUUAUUUUUCCUCUGUUCAAAUUUUUAUUUCUUGGGUUCUUCGUGUGGGGAUUGGGAUAAAACUAAAACGAAUCCGAAUCAGGAUUUUAUGAUAUAUUAAAUUUGUUGGGAUUUUAAUUAAUAUUAUUGCAGUUUGUAAUUUAUAAAGCUCUUUCUUUUCUUUUCCCUGGAAAGGAUUUUGCUGCCAUGGGAUGAUGAUGUAUAUUUCUGGGUUUGUAAUUGCUUACUCAAAUUGGUAAUCUUAUCUUACAUUCUUAAUUUAGUUUAA